GCUUAUUAAUAAAUGUCCACCUUUUGAUUAUUAUUGUUGCGUCUAAUAAUUAUGUGUUUGAUUUGUAAUUUGAGUUGUUUUUAACCCAGCAUUUUCCAGAGUGAGAUAUAGAGCAACUCAGCUCAAGCUUAAUCUGAUAGUGUCAGUCAAAUCAAUAAUCUUUCUGAAUAUUAAGUGUCUUUUAAACUCCAACUAAGCAAGACAUUUUUCCCCAUAAAGGGAAUGGGAUUUUGUUUAAAGCGGAUGUUAAUAACUUGUAUCAGCGGGUCUCUGGUGUUUUUGGUAAGGGCGUCCCGCUGUGAGUGUGAUGAUAUGAGGCAGGCGGGGCGCUUCAGUCAGUCAGGACUUUAUUCCCUCACAGCAGGACUUGCAACUCCUGGAAGAAGAUGAGAGCUAGAGAAGCGCUGACAGUUUAAUGGAAUCCCAGCUGAACAUGGACACGAACAGCAGCGCGACGCGCAGGAUGGAGCCCAGGAUCCCCACCAUUCCCGCGAUCAUGUUCAUUUUUGGGGUCAUCAGUAACCUGAUCGCCAUCGUCGUGCUCUGCAAGUCCAGGCGGGAGCAGAAGGAGACCACCUUCUACACGCUGGUCUGCGGGCUGGCGGUCACGGAUCUUCUGGGCACCGUCCUCGCCAGUCCGGUGACCAUCGCCACCUACGUCAAGGGCGCGUGGCCCGAUGGAGACCCGCUGUGCCAGUACUUCGGAUUCGUCCUGCUCUUCUUCUCCCUGGCAGGACUGAGCAUCAUCUGUGCCAUGUCCAUCGAGAGAUACAUCGCCAUCAACCACGCGUAUCUAUACAACGAUUACGCGGACAAGAAACUCGCGGGAGUGACGCUGCUCGCCAUUUACGCGUCCAACAUCCUGUUCUGCGCGCUCCCGAGCGUGGGCUUCGGAGAGGUGAAGAUGCAGUACCCUCAAACCUGGUGCUUCAUCGACUGGAGGACCAAUGUCAGCGCGCACGCCGCCUUCUCGUACAUGUACGCGGGCUGCAGCUCGCUGCUGAUCCUGGUGACGGUCAUCUGUAACGUGCUGGUGUGCGGCGCGCUCAUCCGGAUGCACCGCAGGUUCGUCCGGCGCACGUCUCUCGGCACUGACCCGGGCAGAGCGUCUGAUCCCGGCAGGACCCGCAGCUUCGGCCGCCUGGCUGGCGCUGAGAUCCAGAUGGUCAUUCUGCUCAUCGCCACCUCCGCGGUCGUGCUCAUUUGCUCCAUUCCGCUCGUUGUCCAGGUGUUUCUCAACCAGCUUUAUAAGACGCCAGUGGAGAAGAGGCUGGACAGAAACCCAGAUCUGCUGGCAAUCCGCUUUGCCUCCACCAACCCCAUUCUGGACCCCUGGAUCUACAUCCUCCUGCGUAAAGCGGUGCUCUCCAAACUCAUCGAGAACAUCAAGUGUCUCUUCUGCAAGCUGGAGUCUCAGAGAGCGCAGGGACCGGGCAGCUUCAUGGACGGAGCGCAGGUCUCCUCCAUCAUCUCCAGAGACUCUCCGUCCGCCGUGUCUGGAGAACUGAAGGAGGUCACGAGCACCUCGCUGACGGUUCUGUAUCCGCCUGAAGCCCCGGACACCUGUCAGUCAAACCCGUGCUUAUCUGAAGCUUCUUCUGAAUCGCCCGAUCGGAACAGUUUAGACGGUCGGUCAAAAGAGCAGAGCUUACAAAUGACUAUAACCAAUGAGACCCUUCAAGAGAAGAGCAUUUAACUCCUGAUGUGGACACUUCUGCAACCAAACAUGGUUCUCCGUUCUGCCUUCUGUGCUUUGAUCGAGUGUCGAUUUCAGAUCUGUGCAGUGAAUCUAAACGAGUGACUCUUUCACUAAAUCUGAUUAUUUAUUUAUUUGAGAAAACCAUCAGUUUAUCAGCUAUCAAGUUACUCUUUAAGUCUCUUAAAUUAAAGGUUCUUUAUUGGC